AUGGCAAAACGGACGAGACUAAAAUCAGAGACACAGGAGCUUCGGGCAUGUGUGGAGUGCCGGGUGGCUAAUACACUUCUGACAUGCUCCAAGCGACGAAAGAGCAAGUAUACUGCCAAGUGUUCUGGAACAGCCCCAUGCUCUUACUGCUCGAGGACUCAAAAACGAUGUCGCUUCGAGCGUGUACCAUCACGGACACCGUUAACUCGCAAGAACCUUGAAGAGAAGGAGCAGCUUUGUGAGAAGUUGAUGACCCUUGUCCGAAACUUGGGUCCGAACAUCGACAUCGAAGAAGCACUGAAAGAAUUAGCAGGGGCCGGACAGGGGCAUGAUACUAAUGAAACCGACCACAACAGCUUGCUAGGUGUAAGCCCUGGUGAGAAGAGUCCCACCCCAUUAGAGAACUUUGAAUGGAACGAGGGUCUAAUGACCUCGUCUCAUCCGCCAAACAAAUCUCUCGAUGGAAUGGUAUCACUGCCAACCGAAGGGUCCGGAUCCGGUUACUUAGGUAAGUGGCCUGAGGAUCUUUUCAUGAAUGAGAUUGAUGGUGGUUUUUUAGGAAACUCAUCUGGGUCAUGUAUACUGGAAACCAUCUCAGAUUUACUACCCAAGCAUCCUGCUCCUUUGGUUACCCGAAGAGGACAACACCCUGCAAACUCGACCAAAUUAGCGAGUCCGCACAUUCUGAGGGAACUUGAUAACUCUAUCCUCACGGACUCUCUAUUGGACGCCUAUUUCGGGUGGUAUAACAAAUCAUUUCCCAUUCUACAUGAAAAGACGUUCAGAGAGAAGUACCAGAACCGCCAUCAUACCCCACCUCACUCCACAUGGCACUUGAUUUUCUAUGUCGUUCUGGCAAUCGGUGACUGGGUGAUAUCCGGUGGCUCCAAAGUAGAGGAGUCCAGAUUUUACAUGGCUGCACGAUCACGUAUGUCAAUAAGUCUGCUGGAGUCGGGUGCACUUCUCACAGUUCAAGCGUUCCUCUUGAUGGGGAAUUUUCUCCAGAAACGGGAUCGACCAAAUACCGGAUACAACUUCAUUGGAAUAGCAUAUCGAAUGGCUCUUGGACUGGGCCUCCAUCGUGAACCAAUGAGGGAAUCGACGCACGACACCUUGAGUAGCGAAAGAAGAAGAGUCGUGUGGUGGAUUGUUUACUCAUUUGACAGCGGAUUUAGUCUGACUACAGGAAGGCCCCUGAUGUUGUCGGACUGUUUCAUCGAAACCCAACUCCCUCGCAAUAUCGAAGACUCGACUUACCCAUUAGAUUCUAUAGUCCCACUCCCCAUCGACAAACCAACUACAUACUCCGCGAUAAUAGCACAGGCUCGAUUAUCACGCAUCGGAAACACCGUAUUCUGUAACGUGAUAGCAGGUCCAAAGAAGGACCUAGAUAUGAAGACCCCACGAUCACUCGAUCAUCAGCUCAAGGCCUGGAGACUCUCACUGCCGCUCUACUUCACGGCCCACGAUGUCCCAACAUGGUUCCGCGGACCUCGAGCAAUAGUCAGCUGGAAGGAACAAAACCUGCGAAUGAUGCUAUGGUGGGGAACUCAGCGUAUAUGGGGUUCUCCGUCAGACAGCGAAGAAGCCCGAAACAUGUGCCACUAUGCCGCCGCAUCCGUCGUUCUCAGCAUCUAUCAUCUCCGACCAAAGGAGCCUUUGGAUAAAAGCUUGGCGGCGGCAAAUCACGAGCUCUGGAUAUCUUCCAUCGAGAGAUCGCGCGGCUGCCUCGCAAAAUUAAGCCAGAAGAACCAGGCUGCAGCGCGGUGCUUGGAAGUUCUUGACCGGAUUAUGUAUCAGUCGCAAGCUACGCCUACUGCAGUGGGCGAUGUCCCGGGAACGGCACAGUUACCAAUGGAGUAUAAUAGCACGGGCACGCGUCUCGAUACACUUGCUGUUGACCCUUCCCUUCAGAUGCUUUUUGAUGCGACGUCAUUUGAUAUGGAUAUCUUUGAAGGACUCGAGGGGUUUCCGAAUACGAACGAAGUUGAAGCGUUUGAUUAUGUUUCAGGAGCUGCACUGGUCGCUGACAAUGCAGAGGACUGGCAAAUGUGA